UCAUCAUCAUCAUCAUCCUCAUCCUCCGCAUCAACGUCGUCUUCACUGUUCUUCUCAUCUGAUUUCUCCUCUCCCUGAAGAAGAAAAGGCAAAGAGGAAAAUUGAUUUGUUCACUCGUCAGUUGAGAUACGAACAAGUUGAUAGAUAGAUAGAAGCAGCAGUCGUCAUACCAUAUUUCUGAGAUUUCAAGGAGAGACCCAAAUAACUCGGUUUCAUACCAUUCUUAUCGCGACCUUUUCAAAUCGGACCGGCUUCUAGUACUACAGACAAUUCCUCCAGCUUUCUCUCUCUGUUUCCCUAGUUUAUACAUAUAUGUAUUUUUCCUUUUUAAUAAUGCGGCCUAGCCUGCGGUUUUUCUCGCUGGUGGAGCCGAUCGGAAAGUCACCGGCGAUUUGAUGGAAUCGUUGGUGCUUCUGGACACGUUGUUUGAUGGAGUUAAAGAUCCACUGUAGUCGAUGCGUUGGUUCUUCGAAAUUCAGGCUGUUUCGGACCAAGAUUCGGUUCGCCAUUGUGUUUUUCGAGAUUGUACUGAUUUUGGUAUGGUUAGAAGCUGCAUAUUCAAAACCUCAAGAACACGAAUUGCAGCUAGGAGCAGAAAAGGGUGGCAAAAACAUUUUAACACAUUCCUGUAUUCAUGAUGAAAUACUUAAACAAAGGAAGAGACCAGGUCGCAAGGUUUAUUCUAUUACUCCUCAGGUUUACAAGGGGUCUGAUAUCUCAAAACUCCUUCACCACAAGGGAAGGGCGUUGCUUGGAAUUUCAAUAUCUACAGAGCAACAAAAUGAUUCAAAGCAACCUAUCAGAAUUUAUUUAAAUUAUGAUGCUGUUGGUCACUCGUCCGAGAGAGAUUGUCAAAAUGUUGGUGACAUUGUGAAGCUUGGGGAGCCUCCUCUGAGUUCCAAUCAUGGUGUGCCACCUUGCAACCCUCAUGGCGAGCCUCCAGUUUUUGGUGACUGCUGGUAUAACUGCACUGCAGAAGAUAUUUCUGGCAAUGACAAAAGGCGCCGCCUUCGAAAGGCUCUAGGAAAGACAGCAGACUGGUUCAGAAGAGCUUUAGCAGUUGAGCCUGUGAAAGGUAACUUGCGGUUGAGUGGAUAUUCUGCAUGUGGACAAGAUGGAGGAGUACAGCUUCCACGUGAAUAUGUAGAAGAUGGUGUUGCUGAUGCAGACUUGGUCCUUUUAGUAACCACCAGGCCUACCACAGGAAACACUCUAGCAUGGGCAGUGGCGUGUGAGCGUGAUCAAUGGGGCCGUGCUAUUGCAGGGCAUGUCAAUGUCGCUCCUCGCCACUUGACUGCCGAAGCAGAAACGUUACUUUCAGCUACACUCAUACAUGAGGUCAUGCAUGUUCUUGGGUUUGAUCCACAUGCCUUUGCGCAUUUUCGCGAUGAGAGGAAAAGAAGGCGUAGCCAGGUUACUGAACAAGCGAUGGAUGAAAGGCUUGGGAGGAUGGUUACACGUGUUGUCCUCCCCCGUGUUGUUAUGCAUUCACGCUAUCAUUAUGGGGCAUUCUCUGAGAAUUUCACUGGUUUAGAGCUAGAAGAUGGGGGAGGACGUGGCACAUCAGGAUCCCACUGGGAGAAAAGGCUUCUCAUGAAUGAAAUUAUGACGGGCUCAGUUGAUACGAGAUCAGUAGUUUCAAAGAUGACACUAGCCUUGUUAGAGGAUAGUGGAUGGUACCAGGCUAAUUAUAGCAUGGCUGACCGUCUUGAUUGGGGCCGCAACCAGGGAACUGAAUUUGUUGUUGCUCCUUGCAAUCUCUGGAAGGGAGCAUAUCAUUGCAACACAACACAGUUAUCAGGUUGUACAUACAACAGGGAGGCCGAGGGUUAUUGCCCAAUUGUGACUUAUAGUGGGGAUCUUCCUCAGUGGGCCCGAUAUUUUCCACAGGCUAACAAAGGUGGGCAGUCCUCAUUAGCUGAUUAUUGCACUUAUUAUGUAGCUUAUUCUGAUGGAUCUUGCACAGACACCAACAGUGCACGAGCACCAGACAGGAUGUUGGGUGAGGUGAGAGGAAGCAGCUCAAGGUGUAUGGCCUCAUCACUAGUACGAACAGGAUUUGUUAGGGGUUCUAUAACCCAGGGAAAUGGUUGUUAUCAGCACAGGUGCUUUAAUAACUCUCUGGAGGUUGCUGUUGAUAGUAUUUGGAAAGUGUGCCCUGAAUCUGGUGGACCAAUUCAGUUUCCUGGAUUCAAUGGUGAGCUGAUUUGCCCAGCUUAUCAUGAACUAUGUAGCACAGAUCCAUCUCCUGCAUCUAUGGAAUGCCCCAGUUGGUGUAACUUCAAUGGAGACUGCAUUGAUGGAAGGUGUCACUGCUUUCUAGGGUUCCAUGGUCAUGAUUGCAGCAAACGCUUCUGCCCAAGCAAUUGUAGUGGAUAUGGGAAGUGCCUUCAAAAUGGCAUCUGUGAAUGUGAAAAAGGAUACACUGGCAUUGACUGCUCUACUGCAAUCUGUGAUGAACAAUGCAGCCUUCAUGGAGGGGUUUGUGAUAAUGGGGUUUGUGAGUUUCGUUGCUCGGACUAUGCUGGCUACACAUGCCAGAAUAGCACUAUGCUUGUCUCCAGUCUUUCUGUCUGCAAAGAUGUGCUAAAGAGUGAUGGUCCUGGGCAACACUGUGCACCCAGUGACUCAAGUGUAUUGCAACAGCUAGAAGAAGUUGUUGUGAUGCCCAACUAUAACCGAUUGUUCCCUGCUGUUGGUGUUGCUCGGAAGUUUUUGUUUUUCUUGAAGGAUGACUACUGUGAUGCAGCUGCUAAGCGGUUAGCUUGCUGGAUCUCAAUCCAGAAGUGUGACAACGAUGGUGACAACAGGCUUCGUGUGUGCCACUCAGCUUGCCAGUCAUAUAACUUAGCAUGUGGAGCAUCACUUGACUGCUUGGACCAAACCCUAUUCAGCAAUGAGGAGGAGGGUGAGGGUCAGUGCACGGGCUCCGACGAGAUCCCAGUCCCAUGGUAUAACCGUGUGCGGAGCAGGUUUUUUCUGUAACAAUUCCCAAAGAAGGGGAAUAUCUGUAAAUUAUAGGCAGCUCCAAUUAUUUGGCACCCUUCCGGCCGCCGGGGGGGUGGUUUGUAAUAUGGGUUUAUGUAGAGUUCUAGUGUUAGGUCAACGGCACGAAUUUGACGGUGCCCUCCUA